UCGAUGGAACCUCUAGAGAUCGUGGGCGCCACGGCCGCCAUCGCUCAACUACUCAAACUCGCUGUCGACAUCGGGGAUCAGGCUCGCCAGCUGGUCCAGUCCUUCGUCCAUGCGCCUCAAGAGCUUGCCGAGCUAAGCGCCAAGAUUGAUCGACUCGGUCUCUUGCUCCAUCAUGCGAACGAACUAGAUAAGGACCUGGCAAACGCAAACGCCAGCGAGCUCAUUCCAAACGGUCACAAUAGUUUGCUCUACAGCUGCCUUGGGGUCAGCUUGGUGGCGCUGGAAAAGGUCCGAACGCUACACGGAGAUGGCGACCAAUCAUCAGCAUCAUACAGGCUGCGUUGGGCUGCCAUCGACAAGAGAAAGGCCCAAAAAGUCCUCAAGGAUGUGAAAGAAUCUGAGGCUGCUCUUGACACCGUGCUGAGUAUCCUCAGUGUGUGAGUGGCACCUGGUAAAAUGUUUAUUCCAUCCCAUCGCUAAGUUGGCUCUGCACCAGGCGUCUUACAUCUUUCAACCGAGCCUCGAUUUCCACCGUUCAACUUGGACAGGAAGCCAUCCGGGAUGACAUCACCAGUGCGGUUCAGGAACUAGAGUCGUGUUUCCAGGCUCAAUCUGGCUUGCUAGGAACAAAGGUUAGCCAGUUCAGGCAGCAUCACGAUUCCGUACCCCAACUGACAAGGACGUCAGGUAGAAGAGGCCUCGGCUAGAACAUGCAACCUCGUUGAGAGAUUGUGUCAAGAGCAACAAACGGCCUCUCUCAUGGUCACCCAGAUGAUGAUAAAACUCCUGGACUCGCAGGAGAGAGCUGAGGUUCGGGUCACGAUAAUACCGAUCCUAUCGAUACGCGGCUCUUGUCGUAUUGACCUUCAAUGUGCAACAGGAAACCCAAACACAGAUGGCCCUCGAACUGUCGAGUUUGGAGACAAGAUGUCGCUCAGCCCAAACAUCAUCUCCUCGAAGACCUAGGGAUGUGGCGACAGAACCACCAUGUUUUGAAUCAUCGGCACGCGCUAGCUCUUUGUCGCCAGGGCCAUCGACUGAUAUUCCAGACGAAGAUUUGGCACAAGUCAGAGAGAGAACGGAAGAAUGGAGAUGGAAAGAGCCCCUUGCCAAGCAGAAUUGGUCAUUCAAAACCAAAGCCAAGUCCCAAGACGAUUAUGAUCUACAAGAGCGCCUCGAGGGAUCUCUGAGUCUCAUCUCGAAGAAGAAUCUUUGGAAAGCCCGGGCUCGUCUCAAAGCAAGGGUCAACAUCUUAGGUCAACGAAUAGUUUGCCUCGAGAUUAAGGCCCAGUAUUUCACUCAGACUUGGCUUGGCAUGCCGUCCGUGUCUGGACAGGUCUCUGUCGUCAAUGUUCGACCAAAUGAUGCACCAAUAUUCAAAGCUUGCGCUGAUCUCGAACUGCCGAUUGUUAGACACCUCUUGGAGAUCGGAGGGGCAAGUAUUCACGACGUGGAUGAAAAUGGAAACGGUUUACUUGAACACGCAGUCAAAAAUCUACCUCUCAGUUCGGGUAUCAGGUUCCUCCAGUUUUUACUCGAGCAAGGCUGCAACCCAAACAUCUUCCAUGGGGAUUUUAUCUUAUAAGCUUAGUAAAUCUGACCCAGCUGUGCUUACCGCCUUUGAAUCUGCCCCUGAUCAGCGGGUUUUGUCCCUAUUUAUAUCCCACGGAGCACAGCUAGACGGUUUUGCACUGAACCCAGUAUCAUAUCUCAACAAUUUCCUUUUUUCCAGCCAGGUAAAAUUCUUGCGCUCGAUCGGGUUUUCGGAUUGGAACUCAGACCACCAUUUCAACAAUUUCCUAUGGGGAGCCGUGACAGCAGGGGACAUCGCAGAACUGUUGUUUGGCUUGGAAGAGGUGAAACUCGACCCCAACAAUCCCUUGAAUGCGCCGUUGUUUAACAAUGAGCUUAACGUCUUCAUGGCUUCUUUACUGGUUGAAUUCGACGCUCAAGUCAAUCUCACCAGAAUUCCUAGACUGUCUGGCACCACGCCGCUCAAUGUGUGCAUCAGAAAUGAAAAUAGUGAGGUGGUGCAUUGGUUGCUAUCUCGCGACGCAACCACCAUACUCGACGGUCGUGAAUUAUCAAGUGCAUGGCAAACUGCCUGGAGGAGCUUACCCGAAAGACUCAAUGCGAACCGAGAUUGUUAUACAGUCAACUUUAUCCAAUUCGAAGGAGUCCUGGGCCAUCUCCUUUGGCACAACUCGGACCCACACGCGACUUUUAACACUGUCAAAGUGGGGGACAGGCACUACAAGAGGUGGUAUUUUAUCUCUUCCACUACCAGGGCACAAGAGGUCGCUAGGGCAUACUCAUAUCACAUUAGAGAGCCAGCACGGAAAGGGAGCGCCCUGAAACCAAAGAGCGAAUCAUUGCGUUUAUGGGAAGCAGCAUAUGAGCGAUCAGAGCAGCUCAGGGUCCCUGAUGUCUUGGCAUCUUGGUCCUCCACUGGUAUUCUUUGCGGGAAAUCAUACGACUCAGAUGAUGGCUCAGAAUACAACUCAUCCGCCGGUACCGAGUCAUGGAGUGGAGAAGAAGACUGCUUCGCCCAUGAAGAGCAACCUUUCGAGAACGCGACCCUCUUCUACGAGACAAUUUCAACCGAGGAAGGACGGAGGCAGUUGGCUCGUUUCCCGUUUUUAAGGUUGCUUGUCAACUCCUUGCAGUUGGCUGGCUACCGCGCAGAGAUGGAUGACGACGGCGACGUCUGGUACGAUGAUGACGAUGGGGACCGGUACUUUGAUGCCAGGGAGUAUCAGCCUGAAGAGGGGGUAGAUGAUGGCCUUGUUGCCAACUGUCCAAUCUGUCAGGACCCGGAAAAGUAUGGAUUAGGUCACGUCUUUGCAGAGGCUGAGCGAGCAAGACAGGUCCUGCGGGAGUAUAGGAGGAGAAAGGCAGAAGAGAAGGGGCGACGAAGAUAG